AGGAUUUGAUAGGUCAAGUGACCUUGGUUCCCCACCAGGUAGGACGAAGAAGAAGCAGGUGUGGUGGGGUAUGCCCCGUUAUACCUACCAAGACUGGCAGAGUCAGUAAGUCAGUAGGGCAGUGGUGGCUGGCUGGCAUGAGAUACACUGAACCGGAGGAUAUAUACAGCGUCUGGAUCUUACAUCGCCAAGAAGGAGCUUGUACGCAGUAAUGGGGUGGAUCAAAUCCAUCUUAUACUGCUACUGGUUCGCCUCAGUGCUACCGCCGCCCCUGGUCAGCGGGCUCUCAGCAGUCUACCAUCAGACGGACACACAGCAGGAAGGAAGAAGAUUUGGAGGUUACCGAAUAGUACCAAAAAGUUGUAAAGCAGGAACGAUUCACGGGAAAGAUACCGGCGUUUGUAUGUUCAACUAUGAAUGUACAAAAAAGAAUGGGAUCGUCGUCGGCUCGUGUAUGGACGGAUUCUUGUUUGGCGCUUGUUGCAAACUGCCUCCCGGUUCCAAUUUUAUUUCCGUCAACGUCCCAUCGAGCGUGACUCAGAGGACGAGUUCUACAACCCCAUCCAUGCCAAAUCAAGAUGACAAAACCACACUCCACGGUGUGGCCGAUACGGUGCUCCUGCACGAAAAUGGAACGGUCGUCGAAGAAUCUUUCAGGCCGGAGGAUUUCGAGUUCAACUCCAAGCCGGAAAUGUUUGCAGCGACGGACGCGACGCCUCCUCCCCCGAGCCGGCAUGCGACGAGUCCUCAGAAAUCGACGACAUGGAAAUCAACGACCGAAACUUGGUUGACGACCAAAAACCAGUACUGGUCUUCACAAACUGGGGAGAAUUUCAUCCAAAUCCCUACACUCUCGGCCUCAGGCAACGGUCAAGAUGCCGAAUCGAUCAAUCAUAUCCUGUCCAUUUUAGAAGACAAUAGUCCUGUCCCCGAACCUCAGCCUUCUGAAUCUUCCACGACACCUAAUUUAUCAACAUGGGUUUCGGUCGAGUCGAAACCCACUCCUUCAUAUCGACCGUCGUCGACUGUGUACCCACCGAGUUCUAAACAGCCUACACAGAAUUCCGUCUAUUCGACAACCCAAGGACAUAUUUCAUCCAUGUACACCAAGCCACAGCCCUCUACUCAAAAACCUUACGUCUCUACAGUCAACUCAGGACAAUAUGGUGCCCAGCGACCGUCAUACCCCACGCAUAUACCCAAUUAUUCGUCCACUUCAAAACCUCACUAUGCUUCGACGAAACCUCAGUACUCUUCGUCAAAACCACAAUACACAGAUUCCAAACCCCACUACCCUUCAUCAAAACCACAUUACACCGAUUCCAAACCCCAGUACUUGUCUCCAAAACCGCAAUAUACGACGUCAAAGCCCCAAUAUCUCUCCUCAAAACCGCAAUACACGACGACGAAGCCCCAAUAUGUGUCUUUGAAACCACAACAUACUACGUCGAAACCCCAAUAUGUGCCCACAAAACCUCAACACUCGACUUCACACUAUACUAGUCAAAACCCCAGUACGAUCUAUUACAGUACUGAAAGGCCCGUAACCGUUUUUGUUACACAAGAACAGUCAGUGACGUACGAAAAGCCUUUGUCCCAACAUUACUACACCACACAGAACCAACCGACCAUCUUGACACAGAAGCCGCAGACGGUGUACACAAAAAAACCGACGACUCACUAUUCGACUUAUCAAAAUCCUGGAUAUAGCGAAGUUACUAAGCGACCGACGACUACGACCCAAUUUGUUCAAGGACCUGGAUUUCAGGUCAGCAUAACACCGAAACCUGUGACUACAACACCCGAACCAGCGCCCACAGUGAUCGUUUUAGGCCCUGUAAGCCCUUCUAAAAAGCCUGUCGCACCUUUGGGCACUAUAAUCACCGUGAAUCCUGACGGAAAUAUAGUUACUUACAAACCCGCCGCAGCAGCGACGGCAAAACCCAUUUACCACGGUGUAAAUCAUGGGCCAUUAUUUACGACCAUCAAACCGGAAGUGUAUACCCAUGGGACGACCGGGACUCACCUCCGACCCGUGCCUUUAUACACGACACCGACCCAAGUCGUCAAAGACGGAAUACCCAACUCGACCGAACUUUUUGCGUUUCCGCCUGUCCGAGAUCCGUACGUUAACCUGACACAAAAUCAGGGCGAGUCAGAAGUAGUGAGCUGGGGAACACAGACGACUGUGGUGCAGGAUACGACCCCUCCGCUGGUCGAGGACGAAACCCUCGACAACAAAGUGCACAAAUUUGUCGAAAAGAUCGUUCAAAGUUUACAGGGCAACUUCGAAGACCUUGAACACGUCCUGAUCAACGGAGAAUCAACGCAAAACGUCACGGUGAGCUCGUAUACACCACCUGUCAAACGACCUACGACAACUACAAAAAAACCGACGAGAAAACCGACAAAGAAGCCGACGACGUCCUACACCACAAAACCUUCCACGAGACCCAAACCGACGCCUUCGUUGAUCACAAGACCUCCUCCUAGGCCGUCGACUUCCAAACCGCAGACGACAAAACGGCCCAUUCCGACUACAACCAUUUUUUUAGAAGAGACAGACCACUACCAACCUUUCAGCGAGACGACUCCAGUUUACUCUUCUACCGAGGAAAUCGACUACAGACGAGAAUGCGGCGUGCGACCUCUGAUGAAAAAUGGGAGGAUCGUCGGCGGUAAAGGUGCCACCUUCGGAGAAUGGCCGUGGCAAGUCCUCGUCAGGGAAGCAACAUGGCUUGGGCUUUUUACAAAAAACAAAUGCGGUGGCGUUCUCAUCACCAACAAAUAUGUUAUCACAGCUGCUCACUGUCAACCAGGAUUUUUGGCCUCAUUAAUAGCAGUGUUUGGGGAGUAUGACAUCAGCGGGGAACUCGAGUCGAAACGGUCCGUGUCCAGGAACGUCCGGAGGGUGAUCGUCCACCGCCAUUACGACCCAUCGACGUUCGAGAACGACAUCUCCCUCCUCGAAUUAGAAUCGCCCGUCGUCUUCGACCAGCAUAUCGUCCCCAUCUGCAUGCCCCAGGACAACGAGGAUUUCACCGGGAAAAUGGCCACCGUCACAGGAUGGGGGAGAUUGAAAUACGGAGGUGGAGUUCCAAGUGUACUGCAAGAGGUUCAGGUGCCCGUGAUGGAGAAUAACGUCUGCCAGGAAAUGUUCCACACCGCAGGCCACGCGAAGAACAUACUGCAGAGUUUCAUAUGCGCCGGUUAUGCCAACGGUCAAAGGGACUCUUGCGAGGGCGAUAGCGGAGGACCUCUUAUGAUCGAAAAGCCGAACGGGCAUUGGGUCCUCGCUGGAACAGUCUCCCACGGGAUAAAAUGCGCCGCGCCGUAUCUUCCAGGUGUUUACAUGCGGACGACGUAUUACAAACCUUGGCUGGAAACGAUUACAGGCGUAUCGACCCCUGAUUUUUGAAUCGUUUUAGUCAUUUACUGGCUGAUCCUUCCAGCUCUAAAACAGCUAGAAAAGUGUUCAAUCUUCUUUCAACGUCGAACGUUAAGGGGAUGCUAAUCAUCAAGCAAUACUUCAAAAGAGUAAACUUUAACAACGUAAAAAAAUGAAUAACUUGCCACCAAAAUUAUUUUAUUAAUUAACUUCAAAAAUUAAAUGUAAUUAUACUGCAAAAAUAUUGUGAUAAUUGUUGUUUUUUAAAAUUUAGUACUUGUUAUUUAUUGUUACAAAUUAAGGCAAGCCAGACUGUUAAUUGUCAUCUAUUUAUUUAUUUUUAAUUUAUAAUGUUCUUCUUGUUUAGCAAUUUAAGUGUUCUUUGUUGUCGUUUUUCCAAAUGCAUUUUAGGUAUUUGAACAUAGAAAACGGUUUUGUAUAAAUUAUUUAUUAUGAAUAUUCGCCCAAGGCGAAUGGUGUAAUAUAUAUUAUUUAUUUAAAACAAAACAUAAAGUUGUGUCAACUUACUUGUUUUGCUUAAUAGACAUUCCAGAUUUCAAUGUUGUAAAAUUUU